AUGCUGGUGGUCAUUCGCCACUUCCACGAGGGCAUGAGGGCGCGGGUUCGAACGGACGACGGGCAGUACUCGGAAUGGUUUGACGUCGGCCAAGGUCUCCGACAGGGAUGCAACCUGGCCCCGCUGCUGUUCAACUUGUUCUCUGCCGCGAUGCGCAUGGUCGCAGUGACCGGGUUCGACAAGGACCCCAACGUGACGGCGGAUAUGAUCAAGAUCGCAACCCGAGUGGAGUGCACGGGCAAGAGGGGCAGGUCGGCGGGGAAGAAGGCGAUGAUGG